AUGCUGUUGGACCUGGAGAGGGUAAUUGGGAUCAGGCCAUCAGCUGUAAUCGAUUGCUGUGAAGAGGCCUGGAAGGUGUUCGACUGGAGCUUUGAGAUGAACAUCACUGUACCUUACCAGUCUUUGGGUGGUUAUGACCCCACCUCCAGUGUUUAUCUCCUUGGGAAGACAUCAAACAGAGAUGUGUUCGAAACCACGGGGAUUCAGUCCAUUCAGCUGCCCGCAAGAUUUCUGGAGGACCUCGAGAUGGUCUCAGUGGAGUGGAACGAGUUUGAUUUCGGGAUGCAUAUUAUUGAUUUCAGAACGGUGAUUGAGGAGCAUGAUUUGAUGGGAUGCAUAUCUUUUGUCCCAGGACGACUGCAACACCUCCCAUAUCGUUGCUAUCCUGCUGCGAUAUUCAAUGAGGAGGACGCAUGA